AUGCCCAAUUUCCUCCUGGACAGAAUCAGCUACUUGCUCUUGGAACCUGCCCAACCUGGUAUCAAUAGCCACCGCCGCCGUCAACCGAAGGUUGCAUUGAUACCACGCCUUUUACUUCGCUGCAUUGAUACUCCGAUCUCGAGGAAGCAGAUAAACGAGUGUCCUCCCUGCUGCGGUAAUAGCAAGCCGUUUCGUAAAAUCCGUAAAUCGUUCGAGGACAAUUAUGAUGUUUUCUUAAUACUUAACGGGGAGCUGCUUGCCGGCCUUUGCAGGUUUUGCAAUUGCAACCAGAAGAACACAUAUUUCAACUUACCCAAAGAGAAUCGUUCAAAGAAAAAAGCUAGCAAGACCUGCCGGCGGGCUGAGCAUACCCGGCGUCCGGUGCCGGAAGUAGGUCCGGUCAUCGACACCACAUUCAGCAUGGAUCACUUCCCCUUUACCACCAACAGAUCCAAGAAACAAACGAGGAAACCAAUCAAAAGUUGGAAAGAGCCACGGUCAAAGCGUGUUCCGGAAGUGGUGGAUCUUAGUUCCGACGACGGCGUGGCAAAGACCAAAGGGCACACAACUAUAAAAACUGUAAUCAAUGCAACCGGGCGGUCCGGCCAGGAUAAGUUUCAUGGCCAUGCCGCGGAUUCUGCCGCGGUCGUGAACUUAAGCGGGUUACUAAGUAUGCAAGUGGACAACAUUCCAAAGUCCAUGAACCUGGUAUUUCGUCCCACGGUAGAUAUGAACCUGUCCGGGGUGGAGUUGGCAGUUGCUGCUUACAUUUUCAACAGAGAUCUUCCAGAGAGUGAAGUUCUUAUUGACAUUGGGGACUGCUUUGCAAGUAGGGGAGCGCUGAUGACUCUCGCCCCGAAAGAGGAGGUUGUUGACGAUGUACUGAAUGUAGUUAUUCGUAUGCUGACAAAUGGAUCGCAGCGCAGUUGUUGGUUCCUUCCCACAGUGGUCAUGCAAGUGGCACUUGGUGGUCGCUCGCUAACGUCGGCGAACAUGACGUCGAUACGCAACAACUACAUGCGCAGCAAGGUGGACCAGACGACGAAGGUUUACCAGCCCAUGUGGUGUGAUCAACACUGGUACCUUAUGAUUAUCGACAUCCCACAAAUGAAUUUAGUGUAUCUAGACUCACUCCGAGAUCCGCGUGAAGCAGAUGCAAGGAAAACUGCGAUGGUUCGGGUGGCACUUUACCUUGAGGGUUUGACGCUGGGAAAGUCAUGGCUAUCGGGGCCUGAGGCGCUGCGUCCUAGGUUCUCAGCCUUCGAGUUCGAGGAGCCGGAGGUGCCUCAACAAGCGGGGGACUCCAUGGACUGUGGCGUGUGGGUAGCACAGUGGAUGAUUCGAGAGCACCUGUGGCAAGAUCACGGGAAUGUCAACAAUGCGACUAGGAUGCGGUUGGCAGUGGAUUUGGUGAUGAAGUCUCACAACGACCUAGGAGAAGAUGCUGUUUCCAAAGCAGUCCGGCAUUGGCAACAGAAAGCAGCCUAGACUGAAGCCAUUUUGGGUUGGAAAUGGGUUUACUGGUAUCAUGUUUUGUUUGGGUACGUUCCGUGGAUUUGGCCAGUUGGCAGGGUAGUCUACUAGAUCAGACCGUCAUAAACAUGCACACCAACGCAAUGUGUUGCAUUGGAGUUGGGUGAAAAUUUAGUAUCUGCAUUGUUUUGAUGAUGUAAUCUUUGAAAGUUAUGCUAAAAACCUCUACCUGAAGCAGUUUUGUUUUGGAUGUAUAUGCAAACCGUUAUAUUUCCUAUCUGUGAUACUAUCUCAUACUGCUAAGUAACAACCUUGUAAAAUUAUUAUGUGGUAGUCGUAAGAUAUUUGGGAUUUGGCUAUGGUGGUAAAAAGAUCAUGUGCUCCUUAAAGGACACUUUAAUUU